UAUAUACAUAUGCCGCGGUCGUAUAUACAAUCGUAAUACAUAUAUAGGUAUAAUAUCAAAUAACUUCAGAAGUAUCAAUGCAUUUAAACAGGUUAAAUAUUGUAUUAAAUAUAGUAUGUUUAAGAUAAUAAAUCUUCACUUUAAAAAAGCUUACAAAUCAUAUACAUUUAAUCGACAACAAAUACCUGAAGCGCAUACACACUAUAGAAGUAAAUAAAAAUAAGAGAAUUAAAGCAAUGUCUCAUGAUAAAAAUAGCUUCAAACAUCAACAUAGUUCUCUGAAAGUCAAUUUAAGUUGUGCAUCGAAUCUAACAGAUUCUGGUAAUGAUUCAUUUGAACAAAUAGAUGUUCAUUCUGAUAUAGAUAAUACAGUUUCUUAUGAUACUCCAUUGAAAAAUGUAAGCAAACAUAAGCGUUCUAAGAUAAAAGGGAGUGAUAAAAGCAUAGAUUUAAUUGAAAUGGAUAAUAUAAAUAUAAUGAAAACGUCCUUAAAUGUUAACACAUCUGUUGAUUGUAUAAAUGACAAUAACAUAUGUGGAAAUAAAUAUAGAUCGGAGAAUUGUAAAGAGGAAAAAUUUGAAAGUUCUGAAAAUAAACAAACAGAUAUGUUUGUAAUAAAUUUUGAAACUAUGCAGAAAAAUAUAAAUACUACUUCAUUACAAAUGUAUACAUCACUAGAUAUUUUAAAUAAAGUACAAAAUGAUGAUAAUACAAUUGAUGAUUUUCUAAUGAAUGCAACGAGGAACAAUUUUGAUGAUGAACAUAGUAACAUUUACAAGGCACAGCGUCAAAAUGAUGUAAUACUACAAAAUAAUCAUGACAGUGAAUAUAAUGGUAUUGUAAGUAAUACAAUAGCUGUGUCACAUAGUAACUCGGAAAUGUCUACAAUUAUCAAAGAAUCAACUGGUAAAUGUGACAUAGAAAUAGAUCAAAAUAUGAAAUACUCAUUGUCUGAUAGAAAAUCUAAGAGAAAGUUAUUACCACUACAUGAACGUUCCCAAUUACUAUCAUUUUCGCCAGUACAGGAUAAGGAAUACUCACCACCUCCAUGCUUAAUAUUUAAAAAAAUACAUAAAAAGAAGAAAAGUAAACCUAAUAAGACAGUUAAUGUCAAUAAUCUAGAAUGUAUCGUUAAAAAAAAUAAUAAAAAUCACGAUGGGAAAACACAAAAAAGAACAAAGAAAGUAAUCAGUAAAAAAAUUAUUGUUAAGAAAAUUGUUAAUGAAGAUAUUUUAAGGAGAUUAAAUAAAAAUCAAGAGAAUCUUAACAAAGCAAAAACGGCAAAUGUUUAUAUUCCAGAAAGAAAUUCAUCAGAUGAUUUUCAACUCUUGAAAAAUUCACCUAUUGUACAUUUUACAAAAAAAAAAAUGUACAAAUUAAAUAUUGUUACAACUGGUUUAUCUAAUGAAAAUAAGGAUAUAGUUAAAGAUGUUGUUAGAACUCUCGGUUUAGCAAAGAUUGAAUCAAACGUUACGAAAAAUACAACACAUAUUGUGACUACAGGAAAAUCGUAAAGACAGGCUACUAUUUGGAAGAUCGUAUGUUCCAGAAUUAUUUACUGCUUGUGGAUAUAUAUAUGUU